UGUGCGCGUUGUUUGUCAUUGUACAAAAUAAUUAUGUUUUAUGAUGUGACAGCGCUGUGGUUUAAAUCUAGUUAGGUUUUAGGCACAAAAAAACGCAAAACACUUGUUUAGGGUGACGAAAAGAUCAUGGUUUCGGUUCAAAUGAUCACUCUCGCGAGAUCUUUCACAAAUCUAGGGUUACCAUGUAGACACACACCACGGUUACCAGGGACCUUGAACUUAAAACAAUGACAGCCUCUGCCAGACCGUACCACAUUAUUGUUUUCGGUGCCUCUGGGUUCACCGGGCAGUUUGUUGUGGAGGAAGUCGCCCGAUGCGCCACUGGGAGUCCCGGAGGCAGCUCUCUGAAAUGGGCCGUGGCCGGGAGAAGCAGACAGCGGCUGGAAGAAGUGUUGAAACGCGCCGCGGGGAGGCUGUCGAUGCCCGAGUUGAGGACAGACAUUGAAAUAAUAGUUGCUGAUGUGUCUAUUGAGGAAUCACUGGCCAUCAUGUGCCAACAAGGCCAGGUGAUUCUCAACUGUGUAGGACCGUACAGGUUUUACGGUGAACCAGUGGUCAAAGCUUGUAUAGAAAACGGAGCUCAUUACAUAGACAUCUGUGGGGAACCUCAGUUCCUAGAGCGCAUGCAGCUAGAGUACCAUGCUAAAGCCUUGGAGAGAGGAGUGUAUGUGAUUGGCAGCUGUGGCUUCGACUCCAUACCCGCAGACCUGGGUGUUCUCUACACACAGAGGCAGUUCAAAGGAACGCUGACAGCGGUGGAGAGCUUCCUGGCAAUUACCAGCGGGCCUGAGGGGUCGUCCGGCCACGAUGCCACGUGGCAGUCUGCUGUGUACGGCUUCGCAGAUAGCGGAUCCCUCCGCCAGCUGAGGAAGAAGUUUGGCCACAAACCGCUGCCUGUGCUGGGAGCCAAAGUAAAAAAGAGGGGUUUUGUGUUUUUCAGCAAGGAGAUUGAGCAGUAUGCCAUCCCGUUUAUGGGCUCUGACCCCUCGGUAGUAAAGAGAACCCAGCGUUUCCUUUACGAGGAGGAGCACCAGUCACCAAUCCAGUACAGUGCCUACGUCGGGGUUGGUGGCCUCUUCUCUGUAGUGAAGCUCUUCUGUGGCGGACUGCUCUUCUGGUGUCUGGUCAAAUUCAGCCUGGGCAGGAAACUCCUCACCACGUUUCCGCGGUUUUUCUCCUUUGGCUUGUUCAGCAAGGCCGGUCCAACCAUUAAGCAGAUAGAAGACACCUGUUUCAGCCUGACGUUUUUCGGAGAGGGCUACUCAGAGGGCACGGAUCCCUCUCAGGGCCGACCCAACUCUAAGAUCUGCACCCAGGUCAUAGGAGCAGAGCCUGGUUAUGUAGCGACAGUGUCUACUAUGGUACAAGCAGCAGUAACCCUGCUGAAUGAACUGCACUCUCUCCCCAGGAGGGGAGGGGUGUACACUCCAGGAGCCGCCUUCUAUAAAACCAGUCUCAUCGACCGCCUCCAUAACCACAGCAUCAAGUUCUCAGUGAGAAACUACUAGUAGCCUUUUAACAGUGGCCUCUGUAAAGGCCGCUCUGCAGUCACAGUGUAAUGUAUUUGUACCGAUAUUCACAGGAGAUGUUGACUUACCUGUCAUUCAGUCAGCAGUACCACACUGUUGUUUGCUGGUUUUGGGACAUAACCAGUAAUUCAUCAGAGGUCAGUGUGCUGUGACAGUCGGUAACUAAAACACUGAAGGACACUUCAGAAAACACUGUAGACCCACACUGACUGCCACCCACUGAGGCCAGUUGUGCCUUUGCUGAAAAUGAAAUGACCUUGUGUUUUCAAUCUGGGUGAAUAGAAAUACUUUUUCAUCAGUAGGCAGUUUUUGUUUCUCUUGUUUUACUGUUUUGCCAAAUGAAGAGAUGAAAAUAUAUCUCCGUCAGUAAAGUUGAUUACAUCAGACUUGUCAGCUAUGCACUUGUGAAAAUAAGCAAUGUAGUUUUUAUCAAACUUUAUCUAGUCCAUUAAGUUUUGUAUUAUAGACAGCAGGUAAAUUUGUACUUACUGUACAAAAAAAUGAAAAAACACUUAACUUGAUAUUCGAAGCUUUAAAAAUGAUGAUAAUUACAAAAUAUUUUACUGUAUAUUUGUUUUAUUAUAUAUUUUAAAUAUGAUUUUCAAUCAAUCAUGUAAUAAAGCACUACACAGCCUCAUUGUUA